GGCAGCUGCUACCAUCCACGAGGACACUGGUGUCAUGUCAUCUGUGUUUUUGUGGGAAUUUGGAGUUUAGAAACCUGCUAGGAGUAGUGAGUAACAAGUGGCAGGGCCUUGAGAGAAAGCAAUCUCCGCCUUGAUGGUAUUCUGGACAGCAGCGCACAGCUCAGGCGACUGGCAGCUCUCUGCGCGGAUGAUGAAGAACUUGGGAAAGGAAAUGGUCAAGAUGGCAGCUGAGUACGGAGUGAUAAAGCUGAUGUGGUGGCAUUAGAUGCAGUCAUUUUCAUUUUCUCUGGCAUGAACGUCGCAGGAUCGCGGUGCGGGACGCGAGCGCUUGUAAAGGAACGCCGUUUGGAUUCCUCCAAAGACUCUCCGCGGACUCUUCCUGCUUUUAACUCCACAUUUUGCCAGUUUACAAUGCACGUUGGCCAGGGUGUGGGCUGUGCACGAGAAAAGGCAAUGUUUUGUUAAUGCUGGUCAGUCAGAUCAGCCCUGUGUGCUGCGGUUAGACGCCGUGCAGGAGGAUAGAAAGACGGACACGUGCUGGGACUGUCUCUGAAGCCUGCACACAACAUUGAUGGAAUGCGACCUGAGUGAUUUUAUAACCCUUUGUGCAACCACCGAGAUAUUACGAUUAACAUGGCUGAGACGCCGCGCAACGAGCCUCUUUUAAACAUUGAGAUAGAUCCGGAUUUCGAGCCUCAGAAGCGGCCACGGUCCUGCACUUGGCCCCUUCCCCGUCCGGAGUCUGGUGCGGGCAAGUCCGGGACAAAUGACACUGACGUAAUCCCUGAAGAAGAGGAUGAUGAGGGUGGCAGCACGGGGAGCGGCGAUGCUCAGAAAGCCAGCGGUGGUGUUAAUAAACCCCGGGAGCCGAGCUCCAUCUCACAGCCUGUGGAGGUCCAGCGCGGCCCCUGCAAGGAGGAGGCCACCGACGGCUCUCCUUCCUCCGCGCAGACCCCCUCCGCGGCUCUGGGCGGCUCUGCAUCCCAGCAGCUGAGGAAGUCCUCCGCCCGCAGGAACGCUUGGGGCAACUACUCCUAUGCAGACCUCAUUACCCAAGCCAUCGAGAGCUCCCCCGAGAAAAGGCUGACCUUGUCCCAAAUCUAUGACUGGAUGGUGAGGUCUGUGCCAUAUUUCAAGGACAAAGGCGACAGCAACAGCUCUGCUGGCUGGAAGAAUUCCAUCCGACACAAUCUGUCCCUCCAUAGUCGUUUUGUGAAAGUCCAGAAUGAAGGAACGGGGAAAAGCUCCUGGUGGAUGGUCAACCCAGAAGGCGGGAAAGGAGGAAAAGCUCCCCGACGAAGGGCUGUAUCAAUGGAUAACAGCAAGUACAUUAAAGGAGCCCGAGGACGUGCCACCAAGAAGAAAGCCUCGCUACAGGCAACUCAAGACGGCAGCUCAGAGAGUUCCUCCAGCCUCUCCAAAUGGACAGGAAGUCCCACCUCCCGCAGCAGUGAUGAGCUGGAUGCCUGGACAGACUUCCGCUCCCGAACCAAUUCCAACGCCAGCACACUCAGUGGCCGUCUGUCCCCGAUCCUGGCCAACCUGGAGCUGGAUGAGGUGCCAGAUGACGACUCGCCCCUCUCCCCAAUGCUGUACUCCAGUCCAAGCAGCAUGUCCCCGUCCACAGGGCCCACAGGGCUCUCUGACCUGGCAGGUACCAUGAACCUCAAUGACGGGCUCUCUGACAACCUAAUGGACGACCUUUUAGACAAUAUCAGCUUGACAGCAUCCCAGCAGCCUCCUCCUGGAGAGGAAGAAAACGGAGCCAAUGGUCAGGGGAGCUCAGUGUUUACCUUCAGCUGCUCAGGAAGCAGUCUGGGUAGCCCCUCUGGCAGCUACGGGCCUAACCCUCUUUUUAGCCCGCCGUCCAUCACAAGCCUGCGGCAGUCACCCAUGCAGACCAUCCAGGAGAACAAGCAGACCACCUUCUCAUGCAUCCCACACUUCAGCGACCACCAGACCCUGCAGGAUAUGCUCAGUCUGGACUCCCACAGCCCUAGCAAUGUCAUGCUCACCCAGUCUGACCCGCUGAUGUCACAGGCCAGCACUGCCAUUGCUUUGCAGAACUCCCGCCGAAACGCCAUGCUGCUCCGCAAAGACCACAUGUUGGUGAACCACGCCAGUGCAGGUCAGGGCCAAAGCUCUUCAGUGCCUGGUUGGCAAGCUGGCUUGUCAACCUCUGACAGCGACGCCGGCCACCCCGACGCCAAGCAGCCGCACCUGAAGUCUCCCAGCAAGAACCCCUCUAUGCAGCUCAGCUCUGGUUUGCCCAGCCAGGACCGCUUUCCUGCCGAUCUGGACCUGGAUGUGUUCAACGGCAGUCUUGAGUGUGACAUGGACUCCAUCAUUCGCAAUGAACUGAUGGACGCAGAUUGCCUGGACCUCAGCUUCGACUCUCACCUCACCUCCGCCCAGAACGGCAACAGGAAUUCAGGAAGCUUCUCCAGCUCGAAACAGACCUCCCCUCACAGCUGGGUCCCAAGCUGAGAAGCUCUGUCAUGGUUUAAAAAAAAGAAGUGGGAAAAAUGUAAAUUGGGGCUGUUGUCCUGCAUUGUGCAACUAGAGGGAAGAAAGUGUAUUCAUGUAGUAUUUUUCUUUUCCAUUAUUUUUAACGUGAGGCAUUAAGUUUGGUACUGUAGUCUAAGUGUCUGAGACACACAAUGGUGUCAAAAAAUUCUUGAAAAAGAUCAAUGCCUGGACGGUGUGAACAACAGUAUUGACUGGAAUGAAAGUACAGGACAUUUUGUUAAAACAAUAUGAAAAGCAUCAACUCGUGAUAGUCUCAGGGAAUACAGCAUCACAAAGUGAUACAUGAAACUGAAGAUGAAUUAUGUUUUCACCCUGCUUUCUCUCCUCUUUCACACCCUUUCAUACCUAAACCAACAUUUUUGCCAAACCAGCUGUCAGCCUGUUGUGAGAGACAGCCUGUUUACAGAAAACGCUGCAGAGAAUGUUACAUUAUUACGUUCCAGUGGAGGAUACUUGACAUACUUUUUUGUUUUAUUUUUGAGACGUAGCCUAAAUUGACAAAAUGAUUUUAAAAACCGGUGUUAACGAAAAGCUUUUUUCCCCAUUGAUGCACAGUCAAGCACCAAAUAUCAAUCUGUAGAGGCUAAUAUGCUAUCAAGAUGUGAACUGAUCUACAUUGUGUGGUUUUUGUAUGUAAUGUUUUAUUUUUAUUUAGCAAAUUUUACCCUGUGAUUUUAGUGACAUUACUGUGAAUUCUGUUCCUUCUGAAGAGGUGCAUUACUGAAGUCUUGAUAAUAUGGUGUUUGUGCUGCAUAUCCCUUUUCACCAUUUCCCACCUCCCUCUCCUCAUCCUCUCCCACUUACUGCAAUAUUGGAAGAUACAGAGUUUAGGACUGAAUUAAGGACUUGAUUUAGCUCUAGUUGACACCAUUUACAUUAGCAAACACUUAGAACUAUUUGGAUUAAAAUAACCACCCUUAGACUCCACAGCACUCAACUGCAAUAUUUUGGUGUUUGUUCAUUUGAAAGAGUUCUUGGUGCUAUAAAUAAGAAGAUGGCAGGGAGUGGCUGCAGAUGGAGCAUUAGUAGCCUCUCCUUUGUUAUCAGCACUAUAGCAGGUGCUGGGUAAAAUAGUUUCCAACUGUGUGAGAGGAGGUUGUGUAGUAUCUUAGAGCCAUUUUUGCCAUUUGAGGAAGAAACAACCACAGUAUUUUAAAUAUUGCCAAACAUUUCUGCAUUUAAUAAGUGGAAAUAAAAGGACAUACAGUGUUUAAAUAUUAGGAACCACUGUCAUAAGGGCAAAAAUAAACCAACAUCAGCACAGUUUUUGUAGGAACAGCAGGAUUACCUUUUUUAGUUUUACAUUUUUAUCAGCUGGAAACUGUCAAUUAUCACUGAUUUUGUCUUGUUAAAUUGAAAUUGUAUUUAUUUUAGUUUCCACAUGUACAUAUUUUAUGCUUUUUAAAAAAUAUGACGUGUGGCAGAGCAGUGUAAAAGCACUUUUGUUUUAAUGGUCUGACCACCUCAAUUGGGUUGAUUGAAUGUUACGCCCUGUUGAAUUUAACUGACAUUAAUGUCACGGAAAUAUGGAAUCCUAUUUGCUUCAUUUUUGAUUUUACAAAAAUAAAUUCUGCACAUCUGUGCUUCCAAACAUAAUUUUUGUAGCUUCACAUGGAUGCUUUCAUCUUAAAUAUCCAAAAUACUGACUUGAAGCUCUUUUCUACAUUCAUUUUGAGUCACUGCCAAUAUUCAAUUCCCAUUUCUUCCUAUUGCUCCUACAAAAAAAGGGAGGAAAAAAGAGAUAUCAAGUUGACAUUGCCAGUUGUAAUUCAUAUUCCUAUCUUGGUUGUAUCAGAGAUGGUGCAUGUAAAUAAAGCUUAAAGAACCACUGACAA